CUGAACCUACGGGUAAUAUUUCUCUGGCUAACAAAAUUUGAAGGAUUUUCACCUAUUGCGAGAUUUCUCAUACAGUCCUCGAGCGCCUGCUGGAUGACAACAGCGGCUGGCGACUCAUCGGUGACACAAUAAGUUUACAUUCAUUCUUUUAUCGUUGCUGGACGUCGUUUGGCGGACAUUUCACUGCAUAUUACUAUGAAGCAUAACCUCUACGGACAAGAACAGUUGAUCUUUCAACGCAGAGGAGGGCAGAGACAACACCCCAGACAUCGCGACCAGCCCGCGGCGGCAGCCUCACCCUGGAGCCCAGCCUGGACUCCAGGGCCAACCCGGCCUCCAGGGCCAGCAAGGCCUGCAGGGCCUCCAGGGGCAGCCCGGCCUGCAGGGCCUGCGCCCCAAGGACCCACCCCCUAUGGUCAUCCAGGGGGACUUCCGCAAGGUCAGCGGCAUCUCCAACGAGAUCUUCCGCCAGAUUGAGACGGUGGAGAAUGACCACGACGCCACCACGGCGGCCGCCCUGGAGGCGGUGGAGCGGCGGGGGGAGAUGGUGGUGCGCUUGCUGGAGCCCCGCGCGCUGGGCCGCCAGGCCGCCGAGCACGCCAAGAGGUUCUUCGCGUUGCAGGUGAGAGUGAGACUGCGUCGCGCCCUUUCGGAGCAUCCCCCUCAUACAUAACGACUAAGGAGCAGGUCAAUCAUUGUGGAGG